GCCUAGGCCUAGACUAUUGCUUGUGUUUCUUAACUAAGAAAUUGCAAUCGAAUUCGAUAGUGAAAAAAGGCUAAAUCUCAACGUAUUGAAAGCUAAUAAUAAUAAGAAGGCGUUUUGUUGUCAUCGUUUUUGAAAUCAAAUGCGAGAAGUAUCAAAAUACACAGGCCAGCUCCGACCGAGUCUGACGAGUUACUCUUUAGCGCGCCUGUCUAGGGGUGCGAGGAUUGUAAUGUUGUAAUGUUAAGUGUAGUGAUGUGACCCUCUAUUUCAGGACAAUGGGGAAAAACAAGUGUAAGACAAAAGAUUGUGAAAAUAAAACUGAAAAGAGGAAGAAGUACUGCCCAGAAUGUAGUGCGGCCAAAAAAGCAAAGCAAACCCAAGUUAAAUGUUGGAAAUGUAAGAAUGUCCAUCCAGGAAUUGGACAAUUUUGUCCACACUGUUGUGCGCCUGCCAGUGGCCCGGCAAAUGAAGAUGUGAUGCCAUCAACAGAAUCUGAUGUUAUGUCCAAAGUGAAAAGAUUUCCAACAGAUGAUGUUGCCACUCUUACACAACAGUUUGAAAGGGCAAAACUUGAUACGUCUGCUUCAGGUGAUGCCACUUCAUCCACAGAUAGCAACAGACCAGUUGAAGAACAGCCUGGAACCCUAUCGGGGACUUCUAAAAAUGAAGGUCAUAAGACAUUAAAUCAGCAGUCAGCCAACAAUAUAUCUGUCCAGUGCAGUUCAGGAGAUAAUAAAAGUGCUGCUACCUCAGAAAAGAGCAACAAACCGUCUGAAGAAGAUCACAAGAAACCUGAUGUAUCGGGCAAUUCAAUGGAAGCAAACAGUACAAAGAUAACAGAAAAGAGUCACCAGCCAUCUGAGAAUUCUGGAAUAAUACCAAAUCCUGAUUCAGUAGGUAGUGAACCUAAACCAGACAAAGAUGUGACACCUGUAGUUGUGCGCAGUACCACAAUAGCAGUUCCAUCAGGAGGAUGUGACAUGCAAAAUCAAUCCAAGGAGAAAGUUGGAAUGGUAAAUUCGGCACCACCUGAUGGUACUACUACUAACAGUGAUGGCCCCUCAAAAAGUGAAUCCGAUUUUGAUAUUAAAUUUGUUGAUGAAAAGUAUGGUGAGAAUUAUGGUGCAGGGUUGCCUCAACAAGGAGUAAAGGAACCUACUAAGAAGGGAUCAGAUACAGCAGAAAAUGAAAGGCAAGAAAGUCAAGUAUUUGGUCCUUCAGCACCUGAUCCUAAAUCAGUUGGUCAUGCUUUUGGUACAAACCAGAAAAGUGCUGAUAACGGUAAUAAAAAUACAUCAAAAGAUGGCAUGUCACCCAGUGUUAACAACAAAACAACAGAGGAUCAUAAUACACCAUUAGAGACUUCUACCAAUGGAGAACAUAAAAAUCAGCAUUCAGCAAACAAGAAUGGCCAAUCUGAUCAAUGUGGUUCAGGCGAUAAUAAAAGUGCUGCUCCUGCAACAGGCACAUGUGCUUCUACUGCAAAAGGCACACAAAAUGAAAAUGCAAGUUUAAAACAGAGUGAUAAUAACCAGACUAACACAGGUACAGAGGGAUCGUCAGUGGACCAUGAUCCAUUGAAAAACAAACCAUCAUAUGCACAGGCCACAGGGUCACAACAUUUAAAACCUGGUGAAAGUGACAACAGACGAGAUGGGGUAAAAUUAGUAAAAGACGCUUUGAAAGACAUCGCUGAUUCAAAUCAAAACAAGAAUCCACGAAUUCCAAAAGUACUGAUAGAUGGAGGUGCAAAAGAAAAAAUGACAGUGUUUUUUCAUGUGGUUGUGACUCCUGAGUUCCAAUUCAACCAAAAGACUGACAAAAUUGUCAUGCGAUUUAGUCCCAUUUCCUUUGGAAACUUUCACUAUGAUGUUGUUGAGAUGGAUUAUCUACGGAAAGAAAAUGGAUUUGUAUUUAUGGAAGGAAAGCUUCCAAUAAAACCAAGUUACUUCUCAGAUACAAACAUCCAAUAUAAGUAUAUUUUGAAACGAAGUGGAGGAACAGGAAGCCCUUACUACAAUUAUGAGUGGAUACACAAAGGACACAGUUCGAGUAUAAUGAACAGAUUGUUGAAGAUUCCAAAGGAAGCUCGCAAAGAACAAGGUGUCUGGCAUCAGUUUGAUGGUGCUAUGCAGAUUAAGGAAACUGAGAACUUCAGAAAGCCAAAAACUGAGAGUAAAUCCUUCCAAGGAAGGCUUUGGAACAGCCUUAAGAAUGUGCUGCAUUUGGGCUCAGACGUACAGACUAAACUUUUACAAGAUCAGAUGUACGCAAUGCUUUCAUAUCUGCCAGAGUGGGAAGGGUUUGUAUGCAACCAGAAGGGUCAGAUGAUAGGCAUGGAAACUGCUCUGGAAGCGAUAAACAGAUUAUGUAAUGUUGCAAAGUGUAUGGCCAAUAUGUUUGUAAUUUCAGAUUGGUAUACAAGUGGUUCUUUUGCUGACAGGUGGAAGCCAGGAGAAUUUUCUGUGGAAAAGGUGUUACAAAAAUACUUUAAUGGUAAACUCAAAGAAAUUGGAAGAGAUGAGAAAAAUCUUAGCCAAACAAUGUUAUCUCAAAGACUGGUUUCAGGACUGGCAAUAGCCUUGGUUGAUAAACGUUUUCCAUUUCUUGAAAAUGAAACAAGACGAUUACUUCUUCAGUCGCUAGUUCUUCCAUCUGAUUUGCAGAAACAGCAAUAUGAGAAACUGAUAGACGAUAUUAAAAACACAUUCCCUGGUCAACAUCUGAGGAGCAUAGCUGAGGCACUUGAAAAUAUUUGCAACAGAGCCAUGAAUCCAAGAAAGGUGGAUCUAACUUUUAUCUUGGUACUUCCUCUACUUCAUUUUGUUCGUCAAGAAUCAAAGCCGAUGGAAUGGCCAAAAGCUCUUAACCAGUAUAGCAUUAAUGAUUAUCGUUGGUGGGGUCAUGACAACCUAGAUGUCAAAGCUGUACAAGGCAAACGUAUUCAUCAAAUGUAA